AUGCUCAUCAAGUCCGUUCUUGUUGCGGCAUUCGUUGCCCUCGGCGCAGUUUCUGCUGCCCCCAAUGCCGAGGCCCCAGAAGUCGAGAUUGUCGCUCGUCACGGCUUCCCUGACUGCGGCAAACAAGCCACCUGGGAUCACCACAAGAAGGCUUGCGUCUGCAAGGGCAACGGCAUGGAAUUCAACAAGUUCAAGAAGACUUGUGCCUGCCCCCACGGACAGGAGUGGAAGGACGGAAAGUGCAGAAAGGAUUGUGGCAAGUUUGCCGAUUACGACCGUAAGACGAGACAAUGCGUUUGCAAGAAGCACGGCAUGACCUUUAACGACCGCCACAACACCUGUGCUUGCCCCAAGGGCGAGGACUGGAACGGACGACGAUGCGAGAAGAAGCUCCCAGACUGUGGUAAAUACGCCACUUGGAAUCACCACAAGAAGGCCUGCGUCUGCAAGCGCAACGGCAUGGAAUUCAACAAGUUCAAAAAGACCUGCGCUUGUCCCAAGGGACAGGACUGGAACGGAGCCAAGUGCGAGAAGGAGCAUCACGGCCACCACCCCCGAGAUAUCGGACACUGCGGCAAGCAAGCGUCCUGGGACAAACAAAAGAGGGCGUGUGUGUGCAACAACCGGGGCAUGAUCUUCAAUGACCGCCACAACACUUGUGCUUGCCCCAAGGGACAGGAGUGGAAUGGCCGUUUCUGCCAGAAGGACUGUGGAAAGUUUGCUGAACUUGACCGUAAGACGAGACAAUGCGUCUGCAAGAACCACGGCAUGAUCUUCAAUGACCGCCACAACACUUGUGCUUGCCCCAAGGGACAGGUCUGGACCGGCCGCGUCUGCCAGAAGGACUGUGGAAGAAUGGCAACUUUUAACAAGCACGACCGUCGAUGUGUGUGCACCAAGCCCUUCUUCGUGUUCAACGAGGAAUCCAAGACUUGCGGUUGCCCCCGAGGCAAGCGAUUCGAUGAGCGCAAGAACCGAUGCCACUAA